ACGUUGAAAUCAGCUAUCUCAUCGACACGACUAACAACGAAAAUCGACUCCUUUGAACACGUUCCAGACAAAUGUCUUCUCGAAGUUUUGAGCAAGCUUGAUGCCGAUACCAUUUGCACAUUGCGUCUGGUGAAUAAACGAUUGAAUAAUUUAAUUCAGCGUCAUCAUGAUAUGCUGGCGAGGAAGCCUGUAAAAGGAGUACAUAUGAGAUUCGAAACAUCAGAUGAGGUUUGUCGAGUGCGAUAUUCAGAACAUUCCACAAGCGAUCCCCAUUCAAAGGUUUCAAAGAAAUCCACCAUAAAGUUGUGUCAGCUGGAUUCUGCCUUACGACAUUUGGUGAUUACUGAGACCGUUUGUAUUGAAGGUGGACUGGUGGGGCAUUUGACUCGAAACACUCUGCAACGCUCUCUGAAACGACACAUUAAUUCUCUUGAUCUAAUCAAUUGUACUAUUUCACUUGGUUGUCCUCUGCUAACGGAUCGCACCCUCAAAGAAUGGGCUGAUUCGUUGAGUUGGCCUCAAACUAUUCUGUUGCGGACAUUGCAUAGCAAUAUCACUCGUCAAGGGGUUGCUACAAUGAUAGAGAGUUAUAUACGAUGGUGUAAGAAACAACGAGCCCAACCCAUCCCACGCUUACGUUCAUCACAAUCACUGCUGUGGAAUUUUGGUACGAUUGACGGUGAUGUGAAGCAGCUGGAAAAUGCAAUAGGAAAAUUGAAAAAGUGCAUGAAAAUUACUGUAAUUGAAGCAUCAGAAGAGCAAUUCGCGGCGAUCAUUCGUUUCGAUCGCUCAUCUCCGGUUCUUCACUUGAGAACUUCUUUUACCAGUAGGAAGAGAAAGUGA